AUGAAGAGAUUAGGAGGAGCCGCCGGUCUUUCUCUUGAAGCAUUCGUUAAUGCCAAAAACAACACCUCCUUCUCCAAUCCUGCCCUUAUAAAGAAGCAAAGGGAGUUUUAUAAGAAUGCUAAGUACGUGAGCAAGUUUAAGAAAAAGCUGAAGCAGCAAAAUCAGCCGAAUGAGCUCUCCUCAGUUGUAAAACCCUCAGAGGCUGAGAAUGAAAAUGGAGAAGGUAGUAAGAUGAUCAAAAAGAACAAGAGGAGCAAGAAUAGUUUGAAAGAGUUGUAUGAAAAACGGCGUAAAGAGGAAGAGAAUGCAAGGAUUGAAAGAGAGAUGAUUCUAAAAGCAAAGAAGGAAGAGAGAGAGAAGGCUGAAUCCCGUAGAAAAGCUGCGAGGGAGAAGAUGUCCAAGAAAACCCGUUCUGGUCAACCUGUUAUGAAGUACAGGAUUGAGCAUCUCUUGCAGACAGUUCAAGGUUCCAAUUGA